AUGAAGAUCCUCGGUUUGAUAUGGAAUUUGGAAAAUGACACUUUACGGCUCAAACUGAAUAACGAAACUUUUGAGAGUGAGAUCACAGACAGAGGUAUUACAAAGAAAGGAGUCCUGAGAGUGCUAGCACGUCUGUAUGAUCCAUGCGGGUUUGUAUCACCACUCAUGCUACCAGGAAAACUCUUGUUUCAGGAGAUCUGCACUAGGAAGUUAAAAUGGGACGAGAUUCUGCCUGAAGACUUGUUGACAUCAUGGAGGAACAUAAUUGAGAAUUUAAAAGUGGUUAAGAACGUAGAAUUGCCAAGACAUGUUGCAAGUGGAUCAAAGUCGGAAUGUACGAAGUAUGAACUACAUUGCUUCACUGACGCAUCUAUGGAUGCAUAUGCAGCAGUCGUUUAUCUGCGCGUCAUAACUGGAAAGCAAGUAUCAACUUCGUUUCUCAUGUCCAAAUCCAGAAUAACUCCAGCAGAGGACAAGAGUGAUCUCAAAAUUCCUAGACUUGAAUUGCUAGGGUAUCUCAUAGGAAGUAGACUUCUGAGAUAUGUUAAAAGCCACAUAGACCUAAAUAUAUGCAAGAUAUAUUUGUGGACGGAUAGUCAAGUUGUAAUUGCUUGGAUCAAAUCAAGUAGGCUACUUCCACCAUUUGUAUUGAGAAGAGUCAAUGAGAUCAAGCAAAUUAAGGACAUCUUGGGUGCAGAGCUGCGCUAUGUCAACUCAAAAGAAAACCCUGCAGACGUAGCUACCAGGCCAGAAUUGUGGCAUCAUAGACAGGAUCUAUGGCUCCAUGGUCCAGAUUUUCUUCUACAAGACCAAAAUGAUUGGCCUAAGGAGCAGAGGUAUGAAGAAAUGUGCUUGGCUGGGAGGGCUCUGGACACGGUGGAUGGUCCAGAGAUGACAAUGAAAGGCUAUGAAGACCAAGAUAAUGAUCCUAACUUUUCUGAAAUGGAGGAUAAUCCUGCAGCCACUGCACUUCAUGAUUCUGUGCAAAACCCAUCUGAUGAAGAAAAGUGUGAAGAGACAGUGACUGAGAUAAAGAAGUUACAAGGUAAAUUCUUUUCAGAAGAAGUCUCAGGAAAGGUGACCAGUUUGUCACGAAACUUGGGUCUCUUUGUAGACGAAGAUGGGAUCUUAAGAUGUAAAGGAAGGUUCGCGAAUGCUAAUUUAUCAUAUGAUAAGAGAUAUCCCAUUCUGAUUCCGAAGAAAUCACCCUUCACAACCCAGAUUAUACUAAAAACGCAUAGAGACAACUACCAUGUUGGGGUCCCACACACGCUAAGUAUAUUACGCGAAAAGUAUUGGAUCCCUCACGGGCGAGCUCAAGUACAGAAAGCUUUGAAGAGAUGUUUGCAGUGUGAGAAGUAUUCUGGAGGUCCUUACAAACUGCCACCACCACCUGCACUCCCCAGUGAAAGGGUUAAUUAUAGUUCUCCAUUUACCUUUACUGGAUUAGACUACCUGGGUCCGGUAUUAGUGGAAACUAAUACAGGCAGAGAAAAACGAUGGAUUUGUCUUAUGACAUGUCUAGCAGUUCGUGCUGUACAUUUGGAGUUGGUCAAGGCUUUGACGGCUGAGGAGUGCUUGCUAGCGAUACGGCGGUUCGUGGCGGCUAGAGGACCACCUAAAGUAUUGAUAUCGGACAAUGCACUACAGUUCAAGCUGACAAGUGAAGUACUAAUCCAUUCAUACUGCCAGGAGAAACAUAUCAAGUGGAAAUUCAUCACGCAGCUUGCACCCUGGCAAGGCGGCUUUUACGAAAGAUUAGUUGCACUGGUAAAGCACUGCUUGAAGCGCACACUUGACAAGCAUUUAUUAACAGACGGUCAAAUGCAUACAGUAGUGAAGGAGAUUGAGGCCGUAUUGAACACAAGACCUUUGACUGUAGUGGGUUCCGACCCAGAGGGAGUACUGCGACCAGCUGAUUUUCUAUCUCUAGGUCAGUGUCUAGAAAUAAACCCAGAUUUUGGUGAGGGAACUUCACAGGGCACACAUACCAAAGUCGACUUGGUUGAAGGCUGGAAAAGAGGUCAGAGGAUUCUUAACGAAUAUAAAGAGAUGUUCACCAAUCAAUAUCUACCAAGUCUGCGGGACAGAUUCAGUCACUCUCAUAAACAACCGCGAGUGAUAUCAAAGAAGUCUCCAGAAGUCGGUGACAUUGUACAGAUUAAAAAUGAUUCCAAAAAUAGAAUCAAUUGGAAGGUUCGCAAAAUCGUAAGUUUAAUCCGAAGCCGUGAUGGUGAAUGCCGAGCAGCCAAAGUGGUAGUUGGGAAUACAGAGUUUACGAGAUCCAUAGCCCAUCUGUAUCCGUUAGAGUCUGAUAUGUACGGCCCAACGGAUUAUGCACUACCACCAUCACAAGACAAUGAGAUGGCAGAGACAUCAACUGUACCUAUGGAGAUGGUUAAACUAUGGAACCUAUAA